AUGUUUAACUUUGGAAAGCCCUCGUAUGCGCAACUAGGCGUGGAAGCGGCCCGCAAACCGCAAGGGGAUUCAUGGGCGCGCGCGGAGGGCGAUGUAGACAGCAAUGGCGGCGCGAGCCAGGGCAAGGCGCCGGAGUCGUUCGCGGGGACCAGCUCCAACAUGAGCGCUGAAAGCGGCCGCGUCCAGGUGCCCAUCGGCACGGUGUCCGAAUCGCACAAGAUGCCCGUCGCGCAGGCCCUCGCGCUGCUCGCGUUCACGGCCGUCAAUGUCGCCGCGCUCGUCGCCAUCUUCUGGCUCGCGCUCUCGCUCGAGGGCACGGAGCGCAUCCUCGUUAUAGCGCUCCUCGGCGGCGGGUGGCUGGCGCUGCUGCUGUUCAACGUGCGCAUGGCGGGGCGGCCGCGGCGCGUGAUCCAACGGUUCCUGCACGCGAAGAGCAAGACGCGGCUGGGGCGGCGGCUGGGGCGCGGGCAGACCGUGGUGGUGCGCGGCGCCGUGUCGCUGCUGCACGAGGAGCUGCUCUCCACCGAGUUCCACAACGUGCCCCCCCCCCUUUCCCCCGCUCGUUCCCCUCCCCUUCCCAUUUGGAAAUUUGCGCUCGUUUUCCAACCGACUCACGCGCACAUGCACCCCCACUCGCCCGCGCGCGCGCAUCCGCAGGGGCUGGUGCUGGUGGAGAGCAGCCUGCGGUCGUACUACCCGGGGCUGCGCAAGGCGGACGCGUGGACGGAGCACGUGCGGCAGACGCGCGCCGUGGACUUCCGGAUCACGGACGGGCAGACGGGCAUGAGCGCCAUCGUCAAGGCCUUCCACGCCGCCGAGACCGGCGUCGCCACGCCCCUUGUGCACAUCUCCACCGAGGUACCGCUCUCCACGGAGGACUCUCCCCCUUCCGCGGGGGGCGCGGUGGGCGGGGAGGGCGGCGCGAGCGCGGAGGAGGAGAGGAAGAAGCGGCGCAAGGCGCUGUCGCCGCAGCUGAUGGUGUGCAAGGGGUACAUCCGUGCCGGGCAGACCAUCACGGUGAUGGGCGUGCUGACAGAGGAGCCCGGCACACAUGAGCUGCUCAUCCAGCCCAUGCCGCAGCCGCGCAACAUUGCCAAGCUGCUGCUGUUCCGCGGCUUCAUCCCCUUCUUCUUCCCCACCUGGGCCUCGGGUCUCGUUAUCUCGGACCAACGUGACGUGGCGUGA